GAUUCCACAUAAAAAUAUGAACAUAAGGAUAAGUUGCGCUUUUUAUAUUCUUGUAAACUUGGUGCGAAUAAACGUUUUUUUUUAUUAUUGUCUUAAAUUUAGUAAAGUAUUUCUUGUGAAAAAUUUAUUGCUACAUUAUUUAUUUAUUUUUUAUAAAAUUGUUCCUUUACUGGCGCAAAUAAAAUUGAUAAAAAUUUAGAGCAACCUAAGAAGAAAAAAAUAUAUUUUAUUAUAACGCAAAUAAUUAAACUAUAACUAAAAAUUUUACUUAAUAAAUAUACUAAUUAAUUCCAUUUUAAAUGCGUUAAAAAGUAUCAUCCGAGUUCUAUAUGUAUUUUUUUUUAAAAUAAACAUAGUAUAAAUAUACCGAUUUUAAUUCAUUCGUGAGUAUUUAUUUACGUUAUAUUAUAAAGUGUUAAUUCUAAUUUUUUUCGCAAUCCUUUUUAAGCUAAAUUAAAUUAAAAAUAAUACCUUUCAAAAUAAUAAUUUUCAAAAUGUCGAAUUAUAGCAAUUACACGAACAAUCAAAAUAAAAAUAAGAACAACAGUGCUGCUAGCACAUCCAACGCCAAAAAUUGCCCAAUGAAAGGAAAACUAUCUUCCUUAAACUCCCUUAUCAAGGUUUUUGCAGUUACCCUUGUGAUUUUGGCCCUUCAAUACUCCAACAAAAAUCACUACGGUGUCAAUGGAAAGGGAGUAGUGAACGGAUUAGAGUCAAGCAAUGUAAGAAACUUAUCCGAAGUGAACUCCAAUUAUGGAGGAUCAAGAGAGAAUUUACAUUAUUCUGGUGAAAAUGUUAAUGACAGAAGAAACCAGUACAACAGUGGCAAUGUUAAUAGCCAAUGGGGAAGUCAUGAAAAUAUAGAACCAUCAACUUACCAUGGUACUUAUAACAACCCCGCCCCCCAAGAAACUGGUGAACAGAACACGAGCGAACUUAACUUAAACUGCUUUAAUUCAGGAUUAUGCCAAAAACUUAAGAAAAAUGCUGUAUAUAUCGUACCAGGUAUGAUAGCAGGUUAUUAUGCAUGGAAUACUUUAGGAACUCAAACAUUUUUAUUGGUAGCUGCUAUUAUAGGAGUGUUGUUGUUUGCCAACCACAACUCUCAUUAAGAUUGGCAUAUAUUUAUAAGAAGAAAGAAACUUAAAAUUUUUAUUAUGAACAUGGGAAUGACGCCUUAAAAUUUAUUGCGGAUUAAAGACCGGAGUUCAUAAAACGAUGCCUAUUUUACGAACUUUAAUGAGCGCAAAAGUGUUCCCGUUAAAAGGUUGUUGUGCAUGUAAUUAUAUACUGAAUAUUUUAUACCCCUUAUAAAUAACCUCCAUUUUUUAUUUUUUUAUAAUAAUAUUUUCCUAUAUAACACAUCUUAGCAGUAGACGUAUUAUUUCUCCUAAUGUAUGUAUCAUAUUUAUGUUUUGUCAUUUAUGCAUGCUUACGUGACACCUAUAGAGAAAGGACAUGCUAUUAUUUUUUAAGAUAACUAUAACUAUUUAUAGAAAAAAUGGAAAGCGAAAAAAACUCUACACUUAUUAUAUGCACAUAUAAAUAUACACCAACUAUUGUUUUGGACGUCUGACACCAAGAAUGCUGCAAUGAUGAUUACAAUUUUUUACGUUUAAAUAUAUAUACACAUAUUUUAAGGGAUACUUCUAUUUUGAUGUUUUAACUUGAAUGUAUCCUUUAAGUGUUCAUGUUUUACUACCAUUUUUGAAUUAUAUUUAAAUACUUCUAAAAAACUUAAGGAUAAAGGAAACUCUGGUGUAUUG